UUUCACAAUCGAUAUACUCAACAACCUUCUGCUUGUUUAUUUUUUGUUGUGUGUUAGGUUUUCAGGCUCUGGUUUUACUGGCAUGCUAGUUUCGGCAGUUUCUUAUUUAACUGCGUGAAAGUUUAGUUUUCAGUGAUUUGUGUUUCGUAUAGAUUUUCUCUUGAGAUUCAGUUUGUUUUGGGAACUUAUGUUUUGCAGAAUGUGCUAAUAUUAGUUGUGCACUGGGAGGGGCCGUCAACAGUUUAGGACGCCACUAACCACCUUUCGUUGUUCUUACAUUACUGACCGUUGAUAAUGGAAAGUAACAACGGUAGUUCAAAUGGACACCUGCCAGAAGACAAGGCAUCGCCACCAACAGAUGACCCUGCCUCUGACCCAUCUUGUUCGUGCACAUUCAGUUCAGGAAUGAAGAAACGUAUGAUUUGUACUAAGCAAAUGCCAACUAGACCAGCUCGCAGUAUUAACAAUGUUCCUCACAUGAGUUUUGACGAGAAUUUCCGUUUCAAUCAUUUUUCUUGUUCAUUGUGUAAUGGCUACUUUGGGCCAUGUUAUGGAGAACCAGUUUGUGCUACCUGCCAUGCUUUUGUAUAUCCAGUUGACCCUGGCCCCAUGUUUUUCUUCAGUGAGAAGGGGGAUGAUGGUGACUCUGGCAAUGAUGAACCCUCAGACAUGGGUCCGGAGAGGAAUGCAAAUCAAAAUAAUCAAGGUCCUCCACCUCCAGAUCCAGAUGACGAGCCAAGAGAAUUGGUCCCGAUUCCUCCACCAAAUGUUCCUAUCUCACUCCCAAAGCAAUUAGAAUUGCUUUGCAAUCAUCGGGAGGAAGGAGAUAACAUUACUGCAGGACUUGUGGACAACCUUCCCCCAGAGGUGUUACUCACUUUGUUCUCCUACUUGGAUGACUUGUCUCUUUGGACCUGUGCAUAUGUGUGUAAACGAUGGCGUCAUCUGCUCAUGUCCAAUAUUUCUGAUGCUGAUUGGGAGAAAUAUACUUUGCUUAGGUGGCCUCUUUUCAGACAAAUUUAUUUUGUGGAUGACUGGUUUCGUACCUAUGGUGUUAUGUUGACUAGUGCUCCCUGCCGUACCUGUGUCCAGCAAAUGUCUGCUCAGUCAGUGCCUCCUGGUGAAGAAAAUUCAUGGCGUAGAAACCGCCUGAAGAUGGAACUAAAGACUCUCCGAACUGAUCCUCCGGAGGGUAUUGAAGCCAUUCCAUUGGAUGUUAAAUGUUGUCACUGGCAAGCUACCAUACGAGGACCAGCAGAUAGUCCAUACGCAGGAGGUUUAUUUUAUCUUUAUUUACAAGUCCCAUACAGCUAUCCAAUGAGUCCUCCAACUGUCAGGUUUGUAACACGCAUUUUCCAUCCAAAUGUGUCACGCCAUGGAGACGUUGGGAUUGACUCAAUACAACAUAAUUGGAGCUUGGCCUUAACCUUAUCUAAAGUCUUAAUAUCAAUUCAAAGUCUACUGACUGAUCCCUACUGCCAGGUGUGUAUGGAGCCUGAAAUAGGUUCGCUCUACAAGCAGGACAGGAAAAUGUUUGAAAAUAUUGCUCGUGCCUGGACAUGGAGAUAUGCUAUGCAUGAUGCAUUGAAGCCUCAUAAAGAUCCACCUUUCCAUUAAAUAAUUUAUUUCCUGUACAUCAAGUGAAUUAAGAAAUUCAGAUUAUCAAUAAUAUAAUGUUAAACAUAUAACUUUUCCUGUACUUAGGGAAUUACCUUGGAAGACAUUGCUUUUUAAGAAUGAGGAAUAUAUAAAUUCCUACUCAUAUGGAUCUGUAGCUAUAUAUUUCCUUGCUCUUGUAUAACAUUGAUGUCUUGUGAGAGUGAAGCCAAGGGUAUCUAUAUUUAAUUAUGGAGUUUAGAAAAGAAAAUCUCUAACAAUCUCUCAACCAGUGAAUGUAGUGUAACGUGUAACGUGUCUGUCAUCUCUUUCAUCUGUGAUAAAAUUAUAUUGUAGUUUAAGAACCCCCUUCCAGUCUUUGUUUAAGAUUUUACUUUGAUUUAUGAUUUUCUUCACGUUUCAUUACAUGAUUGUUAUGUUUUCUUGUUUUGGUCAAUGUAUUAUUUGAUGUUGAAAAAUUUGUAGAGUCAAAUGUCUAAGAAAUCUUUGAAAAGAAUAUUUUGUACUACUUGUAAGAUGCAAAAUUUUGCAGGUGACACUAGUAAAAUACACAGUGUAAACGGCA